UCUCAUUGCUCAUCAAACAUGGUCAUGAAGGUAAGUCUACCACUUCUCUCAAUACUCAUAUUCUUCUCUUUGUUCUUCCACACAACCGUAGCCAGAAGUCACCACCGCCACUCUAGCCGUAUACGUACGUGGUGUAAAAAAACCCCUCACCCCAAGCCAUGCAACUACUGCAUGUCGAAUAGCCGCCACCACUUCCGUCCGAAACACACCUCCGAGUUCCGAAAAAUGCUGGUUCAAGUAGCCUUGGAGAGAGCUCUCAGUGCCAUAACAUACACUUCCCAGUAUGGCCAAAACUGCCAAAACGAUAAAGAAAAAGCCGCGUGGGCCGAUUGCUUGAAACUUUUCCAUAACACCGUCAGCCAGCUCAACGUUACACUUGAAGGCUUAGGCACCAAACUCAAUUGUUCCAAUUUUGAUGCGCAAACUUGGCUUAGCGCUGCUCUCACCAACAUUGAAACGUGCCGAGUCGGGUCUUUGGAACUGAACGUUACGAACUUCAUAACGCCGAUUUACACGUCGAAUAACAAUGUGUCGGAGCUCAUUAGCAACAGUUUGGCAAUUGGUUCCCAACUUUUAGGCACGGAAGAAAGUUCCAAUGAGAGCGAAAAAUUUCCAAAUUGGGUGUCGAAGCAUGACCGGAGGUUAUUGCAAAGUGCAAACAUUAGGGCAAAUCUUGUGGUGGCCAAAGAUGGAUCGGGGAAUUUUCGGACCGUCCAAGCCGCCUUAGAUGCAGCCGCGAGGAGAAGAGUUCAGAGCAAGUUUAUAAUCUAUGUGAAGAAAGGUGUCUACACAGAGAACAUUCAAGUUAGCAACACUAACAGUAAAAUCAUGUUGGUUGGUGCUGGCAUUAGAUAUACAGUAAUCACAUCUAGCCGAAGUGUCAGUGGAGGUUACACAACCUAUAAUUCUGCAACCGCUGGUAUAAAUGGUCCAGGAUUCAUUGCUCGUGGCAUCACAUUUAGAAACACCGCCGGACCGCUAAAGGGCCAAGCCGUGGCUCUCAUGUCGGCAUCCGACCUCUCAGUCUUCUACCGAUGCGCCUUCCAGGGCUACCAAGACACCCUCAUGGUCCACUCCCAGCGCCAGUUCUACAGAGAAUGCUACAUCUUUGGCACCAUAGACUUCAUAUUUGGGAACGCAGCUGCAGUUUUCCAAAAUUGUAUUAUUUAUGUGAGAAAACCAUUGUGGGGCCAAGUGAACGUCAUCACAGCCCAAGGUCGAAACGACCCGUUUCAAAACACAGCAAUUUCGAUCCACAAUUCUCAGGUACGGGCAGCCGCUGACCUAAAGCCCGUGGCCAGUUCUUACAAAACAUAUUUGGGCCGGCCGUGGAUGCAGUACUCUAGGGUUGUCUUUAUGAAAUGUUAUCUCGACAGUUUGAUAAAUCCGGCGGGCUGGUUGCAGUGGCAAAGAAGUAAUUUUGCCCUUAGUACUUUGUAUUAUGGGGAGUAUAAGAACUUUGGACCUGCCUCUUCUACUAGGUAUAGAGUGAAAUGGCCUGGUUUUCAUGCCAUCACCAGUCCAAAUGUGGCGUCUAUGUUCACCGCCGGUAACCUUAUUGCCGGUAGGUCGUGGUUGCCCGCCACCGGUGUGCCAUUCACGACGGGUCUAUGAUCAAUGCCCAUAAUGUUGUACUUGUCAACUUAUUGUGUUUGUUUGGAAAAGAAAAUUAUUUGCAUUUACUGAAUGUAAUUUGGUUUUGGACUUUUGUACAUAUGAUACAUUUUCAC